AUGAACUUGGAAGUCGAAACAAUUCAAACACUAAAAAAAACCCAAAAUCAACACACUUUGCUUUGGACAGUAGUGAUCAAAACAUCUGUACAGAGAACAACGAACACUCACACAUCAUUAAAACAGUUAUUGAAAAUGCUUGGAUGGCUGAGCAAGACCUUUAAGAAAUUAUCCAGUAGUGAGAAUAGUCUUUCCUUUCCGAAAUCAGUGGCUUCGGGUAAGGGUGAUACAACCAUCGAGCUUUCCUCGCUCGGAAAGAAAUUUAAAGUCAAUAGAGAAUCGGUUCGGAAGGAGAGUCCUGAAUUUGCCAAUCGUUGGUUACAAGGCAGUUCUACUACUGACAAGUACACUAUUGAGAUUGGAAAAGAAAAGGAAGAAUAUAUGGAAUGUAUUCUAAAUUAUUUGAGUAAUGAUCAGUUUGAUUGUUCGACCGAGAGUCUGAUGGGUGUAUUAGUUCUUGUGCUCGAAUAUAAUUUCAAGGAGUGUAAAGAAAAAAUUGCUUUACAUUUACAACGGCAUAUGAAACCGCUUGAUUCUUUGGGUUACUUUACGGUCAUGUACAAUCAUUAUGUGUCACGUGACAAGGCACCUCUCGAUGAACAUGAGCAACAGAUCAUGACAAGAGCAGUUUUUACAAUUCUGAGAUUCUUUUUCGAACUUGAAAAGAAUGAACAAUCUCGAAAGAUAUUAAUUGAGCAAUUUAAUACCGAUCAAAUGCUCUAUAUUUUCAAGCAUAAUACUAUCAGUGGAAUUGUUGUUCCAUCUUUGAUCUUUUUGAGAUUCCUCUCUGAUUGGACUCUGCAUGAUUUACAACAUCGUGGAGAUGGAUUAACUGAACUAGUACAAGUUGAAAAGAAUUUGCGAUAUGGAGUGGUGAAGUGCUCUUCUUUGGACACUGGUAAGGAAUAUGGUAUCAAAGAAAGCGAGACAUCCUCUGAAUUUCUUCAUGCAGAGGAUGAUUUUAAAGUAGAAUCAAAUAGCGACCAUUCUCUUAUUUCUAUUACCGGUACAGCUUCUCAAUAUGCCUACAUCAAGACUUACAACAAUACUGAAAUGAAUUUUGGAGUGUACACUUGGAGGAUUAAGGUCAACAAGUUUGUAUUUUGGUUAGGAAUUGGUGUGGCUCUCAAAGAAAAAGUAGAAAACAAAGUAUUUGACGACUUUGUUUCGCCCUACAAGAGUCAUGGCUGCUACAUGUGUUCUGCCAACUCUUAUCGAUGGAUGCCAACCGAAUAUACAUCCUCUUCAUUCCCAUUCGAAGCCGGUGAUGAAAUUGAGUUGACCAUGGAUUGUGAAAGUCGCAAGCUCACUUUCCGUAAUCUGUCAAAGAGUUCAAACAACACUCAAACCAUUUACAAGAUCCAAACACCAGUCUAUCCAUCCAUUGUCAUGGGAGGACAAGAAGAAAUUGAAUUCAAAUGGCUCUCAGAACCAAGUGUCAAGCUCAAUUAA